AUGGCCCAUGUACGCACAAAGACUGUUAAAAAAGCCUCCCGAACAAUAAUUGAAAGGUUUUAUUCGAAGAUGACUCGUGAUUUUCAUACCAAUAAGAAGGUCUGUCAGGAUGUUGCCGUUAUUGGCUCUAAGCGACUUAGAAAUAAAAUAGCUGGUUACGUUACUCAUCUUAUGAAAAGAAUAGAGUCGGGCCCUGUCCGAGGUAUCAGUAUUAAGCUCCAGGAAGAGGAGCGCGAGCGCCGUGAUAACUACCAACCUGAAGAGUCAACAUUGGAUCAAAUCAGCUUGGAAUUUGAUUCCUUCAUUAUUGGCAUGCUCAACAGUAUGGUGCGUUUGUAUUUCGUUUCUUUAUUUAUCUUUCAGAACCUUCCUCAUUCGAAAGAUAUGAAAUCCCUGCCCCCCUUGCAAAAAAUACGGCUAACAGCUUUUCUAAUCUAUUACGCUAAGUGUCGAAUUUAUCUGACCGGCAGUGUGCUGUCUGACAGUCAGCUCUCCACGGCCCUUACGUCCAGUCUGCUUAUAACUCGUUCAGUUCUUGGGGGCUGGUGGCUAGCAUUUUGCUGUGUUUUACUUUUGUCCCUUGGUUUCCUUGUACUUACUGUGAUCAAUCGGACGCUCAAACUCUCCUACCGUUGA